GUCCGUAACAUUGAAUAACGAGCAUGCGCAGUUUAAUGUGGUUUUGCAAGAUGGCGGACGUGUCUUUGGAUGAAGUGAUACGACAACGCGGAAUAAACGUUAUGGUACCGCCUAAACGAACUAUGUUUGGACGGGGCGCAGGAGGGGUUGGGGUUGGCAAGACUUUUGAUGCCCGUCAAAGGAUUGGCAUAAAUGAUGCUCGGCAACGACUUGGAGGUGGAACAGGUUUUCCUGUGAAAGAUGCCAGAGAAAAGCUGGUUCUGAAAGAUGCUCGCUUUAAGAUCCGUGGAAGGGGUGGAGCAGCAGCUGGAGCAGCAGCAGCAGGAGGAGUCCAAGACGCUCGUCAGAUGAUAAACUCGCGUAAACAGCAGCAGAAUGUGUUCACUGUGCCUGUUCAGACCACCCAAAAGACAGCAAUGACACACCAACUGCAGAGCCACAGACUUGUGCCACAGAUUAAGAUCCAAGCUAACAACAACUUUGCAGGCGUCAACGCAAGGCUGUUUGCCCCAGCUUUGCAAGGACUGAGUGGGAGAGACGGCACGAUGGGCCAACUUAACAAGAGAAUGACAGAUGCUCGUGAUAGGCUGAGCCUUAAGAGGAGCUUGAGUAGUGGGCCGCAAAACCAGGCGUCCACUCUGUUGCCUCUAAAAAUAACCAAAACCAUCCAGCAACGCCCAGUUGGGGUUUUAGGAGGAAUGAGUCUUCACUCACAGCCUGUCUCAAAUGAUCACGACUGCACCCCAAGUAAACAAAUCAAAAUCACUACUCCAAACAAUUUGCUACAAUCACGGGAUAGUCCAGCAAGCUCCCCAUUUUCCAUGUCAGCCCCAAUAACCAAGGUCGUUAAAAAUGAUGCUUAUUCAGCCCCUCGGCCUCCUGUUCCCGUUGCCCCCUCCCGGCCCACUUCUAGCACAGCAGCCCUUCGGCCUCCAGCCACAGCUUUGAAACCUGUCUCUAGGACUCUACAGCAGAGCUCAGUUCAGCCUAGCACAGCUACUCCUGUCCCUCAGCCUGUUUUCAGCCCUUUGGAGGGAACAAAAAUAACCGUGAAUAACUUGCAUCCGCGUGUCACAGAAGAAGACAUAGUGGAGCUUUUUUGCGUGUGUGGUGCCUUGAAACGAGCACGCCUGGUGAAGGUGGGCGUAGCUGAAGUGGUAUUUGUCCGCAAAGAUGAUGCUGUAAGUGCAUACAGGAAGUACAACAACCGCUGCCUGGAUGGUCAGCCUAUGAAGUGUAACAUUCACAUCCAGGGAAAUGUCAUCACUUCGGAUCAGCCCAUUCUCUUGCGACUCAGUGACACCCCAGGUGCCAGCAGCGGGGCCAAGAAAGAUGGUCUUCCUCCCUCUUUGUCACGUUCUGCAAGCCAGCGAACUUCUCAGCCAACUGCUGAAGUGGACCCUCAGACAAUCCUCAAGGCUCUGUUUAAAUCCACCGCACAGUCCUCUACUACUACCGAGCCCUCCAGCUCACAGGCCACUGCCUUCCGCAUUAAAAUAUAGAUCGUCCCCUACCUGUUUGUUAACAAAUUGUUGCAUCCUGGGUGGCUUUCGUCUGGACAGCAGCCACUCCACACAAAUAGAAAAAUUGUUUUACACAUUCAAAAUGCAUAACAUCCGUUGAAUUCAGCAUCUUCUGUUUUUUUAUUGCUAUAUGCCCUGUGGUUCAAGCCAACAAAUUUUGUUACAGGAAAAGUUGGCACCAAUGUUUAAUCCAUCCAAACAGCUGGUUUCAGUUGUAUCGUUUCAGUCUGUAAAUCAUAUAUUCUGGUUGAGCUGUGAAUAUGAUCAGUGAUCUGUUCAUAGCAGUUCAACAAUAUACUCAAUAAUGGAAACUUUUGAGUAAAUGCAACGGAUAGGUUGCCUUCCUGUGAAUGACUAAUUGGUCAGGGUUCUCUCAGACGACAUUUAAUCUCCAAAGAGAUGGUCCGAAUUCAGUUUACUUCUUGUGUAAACCAGUUUCAACCAGUCAAACUAUUUUGUUAAUUGUGUGACAUUCAUCGUUUUGGUGUUUGACUGGCUUUAAUUUGUUGUUCCCGCCGGUAAACAUUACUCUUGUGUUUUAUACUGUAAAUCAUUUUGUUCUUUCGAUUUUUCAGUUAGGACUAGAGGGGUCAGAUUGUGUCCUUAAAAUGUCAUUAAAAUAUAGCUUUGUACAGGUUGUCAAAAAGUUUUUUUUUCCUU